GCCGCACGCGCGGCCAUUUCUACUUCCGUGCGACCUGCCGGCAGAGUGGAGCGCUGCUUCUCUGACGUCGGCGGCGCUUCUUGAGAAGUGAGACCGCGGAACCGCAGCUAUGACUGAGGCUGAUGUAAAUCCAAAGGCCUACCCUCUUGCAGAUGCCCACCUCACCAAAAAACUAUUGGACCUUGUUCAGCAGUCAUGUAACUACAAGCAGCUUCGGAAAGGAGCCAAUGAGGCCACCAAAACCCUCAACAGAGGCAUCUCUGAGUUCAUUGUGAUGGCUGCAGACGCAGAGCCUCUGGAGAUCAUCCUGCACCUCCCGCUGCUGUGUGAAGACAAGAAUGUGCCCUACGUGUUUGUGCGCUCCAAGCAGGCACUGGGGCGGGCCUGUGGGGUCUCAAGGCCUGUCAUUGCCUGUUCUGUCACCAUCAAAGAAGGCUCACAGCUGAAGCAGCAGAUCCAGUCCAUUCAGCAGUCCAUUGAAAGGCUCUUAGUCUAAACCAGUGGUCUCUGCCACACUCUCCCACUGACUCCUCCCCCUGGGGUUGUGUAUCAUAUUGUCUGUGUUAGCAUGUAGUAUUUCCAGCUACCUUCUAUUGUUAUAAAAUAUUGUAGUAGUAAAUCUG